AUGCAGAAAAACCAGGAGAUGCAAAUCCGGAGUCUGUCCCAACGCAUGCAACAGUGGAGAAGCACCAAACACCUCAUGGAUCGUACAGUCAGUGAAUACAUCUCAGCUGCCAAACAGGACUCCGUAGGGGGCGGAUCACAGACAAGCGAACCCACACGUGACCUGCUCCAGGGGUACCCAGCGAUGCCACUACAGCGUCUGCAUGAGAUCGAGGGACUCGGAGUCGUAAGAUCGGACGAGAGCGACGACCUUCCUCCGCAACCACCGCCGCCCCUGAGGAAGCCCAAACUCUCUGAAGUGGAGCUUGAACAGCCCGCACAGAAGUCUCGACCCGCAGCCCCCCAGUACAGUUUCGGUGCUCGCGUCCGCGAGGGGUCCGGCCGUGGCCUCGCUGUUAUUCGCUGCCAGACACAAGGCAGCCGGAGUUUUGUCUUCCAGCAGUCCGUGGAGCCGCGGCAGGCAAUGGUUUCGCUCGGCGCCAAAGACACUCGAGACAUUAACACCUUUGUCGGCGUGAUAAACCAACCUGCCAAGGUGCAGGUGGAUCUGGAUGAUCUGUCACAGUACGAGGUGGUGUCCGGCGCAGCUCGAACAAGAGGCAGCAUGCUGAAGAGAAGCGUCAGUACCAGUGACCUUCAGACACAAAUUACGUCCAUUAGAAACAAUUCUUCCACUCAGUACGAGCCAGCAUAUGAGGGCGAGGACCCUCUACGCCUGAACGAGGGCGAUUUCUCCACGGCACGACGGUUUAAAUCCGGCGGUCAAGAAUACCCUAGCCAACGCCCUAAGACAUCCGACGUGCAGGCGCAAAUCUGCAAGAAUGUCCGCGACCGAGGCAGUCAGGUUGGCGUGGUUGUUAUUCCCACUGAAAUCGAUAUCUCUCGCGUAGAGCUGGAUAAUCUGGGCCUAGAAGUCCAGCCGUCGAGAGAGGCGGCCGCCUUGGGACUGCGUGUCGGUACUCUGCUCUGUCCUGCGUCCAUUGGACAGACCAUCAAACUGCGCGACGCACCAGGCAUCGAGGUGCUCGGUGUCAAGGAUGUGAACUCCAUGCGUGUGCGGCACAAGAAUAUGGUUGCAACCGCCGUCAAUUCCACAAAACAGCGCCCCGGGCGAGACGUGGAAACGCAGAUUAUGACCGUGCACAAGUCCUCCAGGAGUCAGUGCGACUCCACUGAAGAUGUCACGGCGGGCAAGGAACGGCCUCCUGACGGAAAUUCUAACCUUGGAGAAGUGCAGACUCAGAUUGGAAUCCUCAAAAAUACGGCCUCUGUGCAGGCGGUGGCGGCGAUGCAGGUUAUGGACGUGCCCUCAUUCGGGACUAAAAAGAAAAUCGCCUCCGGUGCCGUAGAGGCUGCAACUAAACUCACCAUCAUCCCAGAGUCCAUCGCAGUGACGGCCGAAGAGCAAGCUACGAGAUCUCCCGAAUGGGAGGAGGAGGAGGAGAGCGCGGAAGCAAACGACGUAAUGACCCAGAUUGGCUGUAUCUUGCACUCCCGCGGCCUUCACACGGAUCUGCGCAACUACCUUUCUGACUAUUCUGCCCAAAGUGGCGCCAGUCGGACAGACCAGCUAGACCUUUCCACACAGAUCGGCGUCCUAAGGCGGGAACAGGAACCGACGGAGAUGGAUGCGCAAGCCAACCGUUCUGCCACAACGGCUGACUUGCAGACACAAAUCCUGCCCGUAGUCUCUGACGAGGGCGUACAGGCCGGUAGGAGUGGGACUUUUGAACAUGCCGCUAUCAGCCAGGGGAAGAUUUCAGCCAAAACAACAAGCAGCAUCUCUGCAUUUGCUCCUCAGGCCGGAGAGGAGGCGGAAAGGAUGAUCGGUCGAAACUUCUCGGACUGCAGUACGCAGGUCUCAACCAAACUUAUUCCCACUGAAGUAUCGCUUUCCAAAAUUGGGCUCAGCACGACUGAGGUGUCUUUUAAGAACAGUCAGCAGUUCGAAGCCCUAGGACUUCCAACCGACUCCAUAAUCUAUCCCGGAAAAAUGAAGUACGACACUCAGCUGUCUGAGGACGGCAGCUCUAUUGAGGUAGCCGACGUCAGUGAAGUAAGCAGGUUCCUCGUCACCAAGGAAGACCAAACCGUCAUAGCUCACCUGACGUCAGCAAGCAGAUCUACCGUCUCCGGCGAUGCGCAGACCCAAAUAUUUACCCUGGACAAAGAAAGAAGUGUACAAGCGGCAAUGGUACUCAGCUCCGCCAGUACGCACGGCUACGGACUAAUGUCUAGUCAGUCUUUCAGUGAGCAAACUUCUAACUCCAGCGCGCGCCUGAUGUCGACUACUGACAGAAAUGCUCAGACUAAUGGUCCACCCUUCACCGACCUUCAGACCCAGAUCGGCACUUUAGCGGAGAGAAAGGCCAGCACAAGAGAUUCCAAAGAACAGACCUUCCCCUCGUACGCCUCCUUGCUUUGCACCCAGUGUAGACGCACACUGGAAGACCUGAACGCCCAAGAAACUCAACUGGGCGCGCCCAAUCGGCUGAAUAAUGCGAUCUGUGAGGAGGAGAUCGCACCCCGACGAGACGUAGCAGGUGCGGUCAGUGUCGGACCCAGCCGCGAAAUUGAGUCCUGGUCUACGAAGCCGGAAAGCAAGUCCACCGUCGACAACAUUAACCAGAUCUGUAGGGUAACCCGACAUGCCAGUGUUCAGGUGGGAGUUGAAAUGACGCCAAGUAAGAUUUGUAUGAGCAGAUUUGACGCAGAAAAUGCGCAGAUAAUGGCAACAGACGUUAGUGAGCCUGGGAAUGAGCAGGAGGAAUGCCUUGGAAGUCUAGAUGCCAUCAUCUAUCCAGCACGAAUGAAAGUCACAACGAGGCUCGUAGACGGUGCCUCCGGAUUCCAACUCAUGCCGUUUCCGCAAACCGAGAUGGUGACCCUCAGCGUCGAUAACGCUGGACGAGGUCCUAACAUCACCUCUUCUACUUUCGCCACUAGGAAUUCCUCUGAAGAUGCAUUCACCGGCUUGGAUUCUGCCCCGAAUGAAGAGCUAGACGCCUACCUGGUACUGGACAGUCAAUCUAAGAGCCAAGCGUCAGUCAGUAAGAGUUCGCUGAGAAGACUCUUGACUAAGACCGUUAACUCGACCAAUCUGCGCCUGGUGCCGGUUGUAGGCAGCCAUGUUUCCGAAUCGAAAAUAAGACCCUCAGUCCCCCUCACUGACACUGUCUGUCAGAUAUUUAGGCUCGUAGCCGAUGCAGGGGUUCAGGUUGGAGCCCGGCUUGUUCCACAAGAACUUUCGCUCUCAAAGGUAGGCAUGGAAAACGUUGAACUUAACCUGACGAAUAGAGAGUCCUUCGCAGAUCUCCAGGUGCAAAUCGAUUCCCUUCUCUAUCCCCUGGAUGUGAAAAUGUCAACAGAACUCUGUGAAGGAACUGGCAUCACCAUCGCCCAGCUUGAUGAAGUAGCUCAAAUCUCGAUCAGCAGUACCAGCGGUGCCCUAGAAGAUAAUAUGGCAGUGACAGGGAACGACGGGCCUACGACUGCGGAAUCAGGACCCUCUGGGGGCAGCACGAUGCAAAAGCCUCAAAUGAAUGACUUACAGACGCAGAUUUUACAUGCAGAUAUGCGGCCGAAGCUGGGAUCUCUUAUGGCCGUCGAUCCCGCGAAGGCGAGGUCAGCGGCCGGCAAGUCAUCCGUGCCAUCUGUGGCAGAGUUUUCAUACCUACUGAAGGAUCACAAAAGCAAGAAACGACUGUGCAUCGUUGGCACGAGCGAAACACCUAGAGCUUCAGCUGACUACAUUGGGCGGGUGUUGACAAAAGAGGUCGAAGCGCUCGCGAAAGAACGGCACACUGUCGGGGAGACGAUAAAUCAGAGUUGGCCACCUCUUCGAGGUCGUGACGAGAGCUGUCAAGUUGGCGUUCGUAUGAUUCCAACUUCGGUGGACCUAUCACGACUAGAAGUUGAGAACCUGAGUGUGGAACUAAGUAGACCGGAGAAGAAGAGUGCACUUAAACUGGCAGUGGGAUCCUUCCUGUACCCAGCCAACAUUCAAAUGAAAAGUGAACUCUAUGACGGCAGUGGGGUAUGCGUCCAGUCACUGACAGACACCACUGAAAUUGCCCUAAGAACAACAACAGAGGGACGAGUGAAGGAAGUUCAGGAGGCAAUGCAGGAGCAGCAGCCUCCCACGACGGGUUCAACGAAAAAGAAGGGCCUUCUGACUGGCUGGUGGCAGAAUAUUUCCCACCCGAAGGCUGAAGACGCCGUAUCCAGUCAGUCGAGCACGGCUACUUCAGCCAAAUCAACGCUUGAAGUGUCCUUCACGCCCCUGUCCGGGACAUUUAAACAAGGCAGACAGUCAACUUCCAAUGAGGCCGUCCUGCGUGCUGCUGCCGUAAUCGAAACCAUUGGGGAGAGAGAGGAGGAGAAUGAGGCGGAGUUGAGGGCAGUGAGAGAGGUCAUUCAGGGUGCAACUGUGGAAACUGAAUUCAAGAUUGGGACUCUGCAGUCAGGAGAGGAAAAGUACCCAGCGAGCGGGAAGUUUGACGGCACAAAACAGUUGGGGGUUCUGAGAACUGUUCGAAAUUCACCACCUGAGCUGCGUGAACAGGCGGUCCAAGUCGGUGUGUUGAUGGUACCGGAGGAGAUAGUGAUCUCAUCCAUAAAUUUGGAGAAUAUGAAUCUGGAGAUAAAGAGCCCAGAACAGGCAGAGAGUCUGAGCCUACGAGCUGGCUCCCUUCUCUACCCAGCAGAGCUGAAGAUGCGGACAGAACUAAGUGAGGAAACCGGUGGAAUCAGUCUUACUGGGAUGACCGAAAUUGGCAGUAUUCAAAUCUGUGACGGUGAGAAGUUACUGAAUGGCACAAUUGAGAAGCGCGUCGACGGUAGGCAAACUAGUGUGCGUCAGGCAGUUGGUGGUCACCGAUACGACCUCCAGACACAGGUUGGCCCUCUCACCGCAGAUGUCAAAAUCCCGGCAGCUCUAGUAGCGGAGUCUACUACGGUCCCACCUAUGCCAGGCUUGCCACUGUUCGGUUCUACUGAAACCGUUGCCAGGAUGUUGAAGACGUCCGAGGGGUCUGCCAUUCGCACAACCCUCACAGUGAACACCCAGAAACCGCACAGUCAACUGGAGAAGGUUCAGGCGGAUCUCUCCCAAGCAGGCUCGAAGUUCGCUCACCAAACAACUGACAUGCGGCCGGCCGAGGUAAAACACAUUAAUGUCGUUAUGCCGGGCACAGGCACUACAGGGCUGGCUGAUGGACAGACAGGGGGUGUGAGUGCCGUUCUCACUUCAUCCGGUGCCCAAGUUGAGCCGGCGCCAACUGUACAGGCGGAUGUUCAGGUUGAGGGCACUGAAUGUGUGAUGCCGAUCAAAAGACACUACGAGGAGAACGUCAGUCAUGCCAACGUAGAUACAAAACUCGAGGGAAGCCUUCAACAAACCGCUGAUACGCCUACCAGAGUCGAACUUAACUAUGUCGUCAGUCCUCAGAAUGAGCUUGCGACGACGCGGAACGUCAGACCACCGCCACCACCGGUGUCACCACGACCUCGCAUUAACAUGCAGCAAGUCCAGUCUAGUCGCCCGGAGUUGUUGGUGUCGUCGCAGGUGUCCCACGCCAGAGUCGCCACUAGAGAUGCCAGCCAUCAGGUCGGUGCUGUUCUGGUUCCCACUCGUCUCAGUCUGGAGCAGAUGCGUCUGAACGCCAGCCAAAUAGAGGCACAAACGCGACGGGCAAUCUCAAAUUUGGAAUUGCCGCCGAGCACAGUACUUUGCACCAGCGACAUGUAUCUCUCCACCGUCCUGACGGAGUCUGCUGGAAUCAGUCUAGUCAACACAAAAGUGGGUUCUGACGCUGAAGUGCAGUGGAACAAAGGCGUGUGCGUGGACGAAUCGGUGCAUCCAAAGACUGCGCCUGCUCAGAUCUGUCUAAGCCUAGAACCGGGGGCGGUGACCACUGUUGCUGGAGUCAACCAGUCCAUUGAACAGAUCACGAAUGGGGUCUUCAGUGCGUCCCGGCAAGAGGCCAUGACACAGGAUGUCAAACAAGAGGCGACAGGCAAAUCAAGCACCAGUGUCUCCAACCGACAACAGCGAUGCGUCUUCGACGCCGCAGUCCAGGUUGGCACGCUUCUUGUUCCAACCAAAGUCCAAAUGGAGCGCAUCGGCGUGGACAACCUUGAGCUCAGCGUGCCGACCAGCAAGGAGGACCUUUAUCGGGAAGGCAACAGCGCUAACACCAGCACAGAUAUCGCAGUAAGCGCAGUCCUAUGCUGUUCUGACAUAGAAAUCACUCCAGUUCUGACAGCCAGCACCGGUAUUCAGGUGGCGAAUCUUCGCGAAAUAGAGGAAAUUGACAUUCAGGUAGAAGACGAAGUCUACACAGCAAAUAUCAACAGAAGCAGUCUUCAAAAUCGACUCUAUGUAGGAAAGUACACUGGAGAGAAACCACUGACGGUGCAGGGGCAGGCCGUUGCAGGAGAAAUGAAAUGGACCAACAAAACAGUCAACAGCGACGAAGUGAAAUAUGCACAAGUUGGCAGAGCGCAAGAUAAGGCCAUGAUAAAUAAUGAUUUCGAAGGCCGAUACGCGAAAACCAUAUGCCAAGCGGAUGAAGAGGCUAGAAAUAUAUAUAAAGCCAUUAAGGAGGGAAAGGGGGAAGUUAGACUACGCAACAAGAGCGUCAGAAGAGAGACAACAGACCGACAAACCACAAACGCAGACACUGCAGAGGUACAAGCAUCAAACGAAGACAGCGCACAACCCGUCCCUCCAAAAUUGGACUUCUCCUCACAAGCCGGCUCCAUACUCAUUCCCGCAGUUGUGGACACCAAACGCAUCGAUCUCCAGGGCGCAGAGUUGACAGUCAAAAACGACACCGCUGUGGCCUCCCACGAAGUGAACAUCCCCGUGACCUCACUCCUCUGUGCCAGUACAUCGGAACUCCAGUCUGUAAUCACUACUACCAGCGGUCUGCAGAUGAUGAGUCCGGCUAAUGCCCAGUCGUACAACCUCCAGCAAGACAAGAAAGACACCCUAGUCACGGCGAUUGGCCAUCCGGCGUCAACAAGCCCAGGGAAGGAUACGGCUACCUCGAGACGCACGACUCAGAUCAGC